AUCAUGGGCUUCUGGAAAUUCUCCACCUUCCUGGCUCUCAGCAUCUUGGUCCUAUGCCAGGUGGGCAGUCUCCAGGCUGCGCAUUUCAGGUCAGCACUGCAGAGCAGCCCAGACUUGGCCACCCUCAGUGAGGAGGAAGCCCACCUCCUGCUGACUGCACUGGUGCAGGACUAUAUGCAGCUGAAGGCCAGGGAGCUGGAGCAGGAGCAGGAACUGGAGGCAGAGGGCUCCAGUGUCACUGCCCAGAAGAGAGCUUGUAACACUGCCACCUGUGUGACCCACCGACUGGCAGGCUUGCUGAGCAGAUCCGGGGGUGUGGUGAAGGACAACUUCGUGCCAACCAAUGUGGGCUCCGAUGCCUUCGGCCGGCGCCGCAGGGACCUUCAGGCCUGAGCAGUUAAUGGAUCCAGGAAGAAGGUG